CUGAUCAUUUUGAUGUUCUGAAUGAGAGGCAGCAGCGAGAAGCCAGAAAAAUGUCUCUAUCCGAAGAAAUUAGUUCCACAAAUGGAAAUCGCUCAAAAGAAGAUGAGGCACUUAUUGUUCAAAAUUCAAGUUGCCUAGAUCCUGUUGGCUUCUCCAAUGUGCGAGUGAAUCACGAUGAUGCCAAGAACUGUUCAGCAGCCAAACUUCCUGCCACUGCAUCUUCAAACUUAUCUCAGACACCUCAGAAUGAACUGGCCAAUAUUGAACUUGGCAGCAAAUCGCUGUACUCUUCACAUUCUGCCAUUCUCCACAGAAGUCCAAAGCUGCAUUCUGCAACAGCACCUCAUCAGCUUGAUGAUGAAUCCAAUUCAGUUCAUCAUCAACAAUUGGCUUCUCUGGCUGCUAAUCAAGUCAACUCAGUGGCUAUUAAUUUGCAUGUUGAUGGUAUCCAUGAACACAGUGCUAGGCUUCAAGAACCUGACACUCUUGCAUCAGAUGAUGCAUUUAAUGCCCCUAAUGCUCUUGUUCAGUAUGUUGAUGAGUCCAGCAGCCAGUCAGACAACCUCAUCCCUUAUGAGUCAACAAUGCAAGAUGAUGGUACUGACCUGGGAUCAUUUAGUGUGUCUCAUCCUGCUGUAUAUUCAGUUUCUUCUGAAUCUAAUUCCAAUCAAAUGGUCAGCUAUCAAGAUGAAGGCCAAGUUGAGAACUCAGUUGGUGAUCUGUCGCAGUAUCGCAACAGCUUGACACAAAGCACAAGUCCAGGUCUGGUUCAUUAUGCUGAUGGACAAGAAGGGCUGACAAUAUCAGCUGCUGGUGAUCAGCUUCUCUUGCCAGAAACCAGUCUGGUAAAUUUUGUUGAGCUUGGUGAGGGUCUCAACAUUGAUCCCAAUUCUCUGGCCACAAAUAGCAUCAUGAUGAGAUCAGAAUACAUAAAUGAAACUGCUGAUGGAAGAGCAAUAUCAGUGGUGACUAAUGAUGAAGGAUCUUCAGGGCUCACCUUACUUGAUGCCAGAGAAAGAGAUGGAACCGAAGAAAGUGCAGAAGCUUACAUAACUGCAGAUUCAGAUGUCAACAAUGGAUCAGCUACUCAAUAUCUACACAUAGGCACUGUGGGAAACCAGGCUAUAUCUGUUCCAUUGAGCCUUCUCAACUCCCAGAGUGGUCUAGCAUUGCUGCAGCAGUUGGGUGUUGUUCGGAUGGACAAUGAACAUAACACAAUUUUUUUACCUCAAGCUGCAGCUGAAAGUUCACAAGCUGUGCCCAUGACAAGCAGUGUACCCAUCAGUUCUGUAACUCUCCAAUUUUCUGAAUAUUCCCAACAAUCUCAGACAUCAACUGUUGAUACUGCAACAGCCACGUACCAAAGUACCAAGACAUCUACUGUUGAUACCGGGUACCAAAGUACCAAUGUUCGGCAAGUGAGCAGCAGUGCGGCGUCCUCUAACAAGUCAGGGCGCCAUCGUGUCCUGGGUUCUGGUCCCUUGGCCAUAAGUGCCCAGGGCAUCAUACAGCAAGUUGGAGGCCGGAGAGUCACUGUAUUACCUCGACCAGAAGAUCUGCAGAGGUUGAAGGACCAGAAAGCUUUAGUUCUUGAUGUGCCCGACAAAAGAGCUUUUGGGUUACAUAGACGGAAAGGGCCUGUUCCAAUCAGGCCUCAUCAGAGAUACAGUCGGCCCAGAGGUGGUCGCAGGAACUUCAGCUAUGCAGCGGCCGACGAUGGGGAUGAGGAUUACAGAAGCCCCUCUCAGAUCCCUGCCCUUAGAGGGGGUGUGAGGAAGAGAGGGAGGAGGGGCCGUAGGGGACGGAGAGGAGGGAGCAGGGGAGGGGCGUGUGGGGUGGUCGUUGUUAACUCUUCAGGAAGACGUCCUGGACGACCAAGGAAGGCUGUAACACUGCUGGAGGGCCCUCUGGGUGCCCGUAUGAUCCACACGGGGCCUCAGGAGGCGCCUUCGCUGCAGGGAGAGUCGCCUGACGUCUUGACCAGCGAGGGAGUUGAAGACCUGCCCAUGGCCGACGCCCUGCAGCUUCUCGAUGACCCUGCUGACGCUAACAAACGACGACUUCCUCCCAGGAAACGCGGCAACAAGUACAGCAAAAUGAUCGAGGCUCUGAUCCUGCCGGACGAUGAGAUCCCCAGCGAAUCCUCAGAGGACGAUCCUGACUUCCCUGGCGCAGCGCGGGACGUCGUCAGGCUCACCCGUACCGGCAAGAGGGGAGCCAGCAGUGAUAGUGAAGUUGACGCGGUCUCUUCAGACCAGCAGAGCCGCAGGUUCAUGGCUGCCUACUCAGGACCUCGUCACAAGAUUUCCUUAUUCACGGGCCCGCCCAGCGACCCUAAAGUGGUUGUUAGCUGCAGCUUCGUGCCGCCCUCUUCAUAUACGCAAAGCUUUUCACUUCAUCAGAGUACAAUUAGUGACCCCAACUCGGGUCCAAAUUCUCAGAACAAUGAAGUGAACGCGUGUAGUGGAGACUCAUUCGUGCAUCACGACGUGGCUGCAAGAAUGUCUUCUAAUUAUUUGGACAAUGUAUGUGACAACAGCCUUUAUUCAUACGGCGAAGUUCUGCGCUCCUCCACAGCUAGAGAAAGUUUUCUUAGUGAAUCUUUGGAGGAGGAAACGAACUCGAAAGAAAUAACGCUCUCUGCUAACGGGUUCGGGGGCUUUACAGUUUUAGACUCCGGUCCUGACUCCUGCUCGUACGUUGACGACCAAGGCAAUGCUUACAUGAGCUACGAGCGGACAGAAGAAGAGUACGAGCAGAAAGAGUACGCUAAAGAGGCCACGGGUAUCACGUUGUCGACCAGCGUACAUCUUGUGUCUGAGAACGAGGGUGGCGAUGACCAUGAGGGUAGGGAUGCCUACCACAUCAUCGUCGACAGGAUGGAUGACAACACUCUCGUCAGUCACGUCAGCAGUGACGCUAAGCCAGUCUCUGAUGACAGCUUCAUUUCUUCCAGUGAACUUCAGCACAAAGAACUGCAGCUUUCUUUUGGCAUUACUGACUCAGAUGACAAUUCUGCAAACUCAGGUCGGAUCACAGAAAUAGGAAGCAAUAAAAAUCAACGUAGCCAUUCAUCGUCAGAUGCUUUGCUACUUCGCAACGACAGCGAAGCUCCUUUGAACGUUGCAGUUUAUUCCCAGCCAAACUUUGGUCACCACACCAAUUCAAUGAAGAACUCAUCGCCUGAAAUUCUCAACUUCUCGAGUUCACAGUUUGAUGUUGAGUCGAGCAUCAGCGUUUGCGAUGCUACUGAAGAAAUGGACUUCUCCAGUCCACACGACAAGCUUAGCGUCGGUCGUGAUGACAUGAACGAUGCAUGCCAUGAGGACAUGAGUGGUGCAUGCCAUGAUGACAUCAGUGAUGCAUGCCAUGAGGGCAUGAGUGAUGCAUGUCAUGAGGAUGCAGUGAUGCCCAGCAUCAAGUGUGAGCCGCUCCUCGAUGCUCUGCCGUCCUGUGAUGCUCACCAGCGCCGUCUGCCGCAGUUGAACAUCAGCGACGACCUCACGCCGGGAGUGAGCAGGUCGGAGCAGGGCGACUACUGUGGUGAGCACGACGCUAGAGUCCCAGGACCUGGCGACCCCUACAGCAGAGCUGACAUCUUCCUCGACCACAGCGCUGCCUUCUUGUCUGAAGAGGCCUGCCAAGAAGAAGCGUCUGUUAUCGUCAUUAAAGAGGAGCUGUCUGAAGCUGAAGGCUACAUGUGCGAAGAGUGCGGCGACACGCUGCCCUCCAAGCAAGACUUCGUCCAACACUCGCGCUCGAGUCACGACUUACGGGCUCACGAGUGCGACCUGUGCGACCGAGCCUUCACCUCGAAGCUGUCCCUUGAGAACCAUCGUGCUGGACACGCCCCACGGACCUCGUAUCAGUGCUCCAACUGCCAGCUAAAUUUUAAUAAUAUUACGAGUCUGCAAAGUCAUUCGUGCCGCCGCUCUCAUGACUGCGUGUGCCAGUUCUGUGGGAAGCGACUUGGUAGUGCAGCGUUGCUGCACAAACAUAUGGCGCAACACGACGAGGGACUGGCUUAUAAGUGUGAAGUUUGCUGCAAGUUCUUUGAGUGUAAAAGUGAUCUCGAUUUGCACGCUAAAACUCAUCAGAACGAAAGACCUCACAUCUGUGAUAUUUGUAAUAUUGGCUUCUUCUCUGCCGGUGGUCUGAACCGCCACCGAAAAGUUCACAAAAGAAACCAAGGAGUUGACAGCUCAGAAGAUCUGCGCUGUGCUCACUGCCAGGCUAACUUCACCUACGCGGAGAGCCUGAAAAAGCACAUGAGUUCCGUGCACAACAUCGGCAAUGCAGACGUGAAGCCAACAAGCCUGCCCUUCUCCGAGGACCGCGUGGUUGAGGAGCUACAAGAGCAACUCAAUGAAGGAUACGCGCCCAAAAAUUCCGAACUUUACGACGUUCCCGGGGCCUCUGAGACGCUGGAAAGCAAAUUCCCUGUGGACCCGUUCAGAUGUGGCAUAUGCGAGGAGUCCUUCACUGACGUUGACAUGAUGUGCGACCAUUUCUCGAACUGCCACACCGGCGAGCAGCCGCUGUACUGCGAGACUUGCUGUGUCGGCUGCUCCAACGAGCGUCAGAUGGAGCGACAUAAAGGCGUGCAUAUAUCCGAGGAACAAAAUACCGUCAUUCCGAAGCAGUCUGAAGACCUCCCACAUCUCUGUUUGGUGUGCGGCAAGGGCUUUAAAACUGUCCAGGAGCUUACCAAACACAAUAGAGUUCAUAAUGUGGCCAAGCAUUUCAAGUGCACUAUUUGCUCAGCAUCGUUUCCCAUAAAAUCUGCGCUCGAUAAGCACCUGCUGGUUCAUACUGGGGAAAGGCCUUUCAAGUGCGACGUUUGCCUGAAGAGUUUCCGUCAGUCGGCGGCACUAGUACGACAUAAGCUAUGGACUCAUCGACUCAAGAACCAAAAUAAAUGCGAGAUUUGCGGCAAGACUUUCUUCACCACAGCGCUCUUGAUUUAUCAUCUGGACGUCCAUGGCGACCAAGGAAGGAGCGUCAAGCGGAAGCUGGAAGCAUCUAUGGACAUUGAGGAAGAAGGCGAUCAGGACAGCGAUGCUAAACCAAAAAGCGAUGAUGAAGAUGGACUUGUCAAACCUGAAGUUAAUGUCAAUAAUAAAUGUGAGUAUUGUUCUAAGACGUUCCCAUCUUACGUGGCUUUACUCACUCAUAAAUUAACUCACAAACUGUCAGCGUCGUACAAGUGCGACCAGUGUCACCGGACGUUUAGGGAGAAGCGGUACCUGCAGAAGCACAAGCUCACACAUCGCGGAGUGCGCAGCUGGAAGUGCGAUAUUUGCAAGAAGGGCUUCGCUGCAAAGCUCACCCUCAUACGGCACUCUCAGGUGCACAUACGGGAGGCACUCAGACCUGAGGUGGACACCCACCAGCAGCCUUUGGGUGAUGACAACCAAGAGUCUCAAGGCGGUGUUCCGUGCACUCUGCCCUCAGUGCUCAGGUGCAAUGAAUGCAACGUUAAUUUCUCGCAUAAAAGCCAUUACGUUCGACACAAACUCUUGCAUUCUGGAACUCCUCUGCUGAAGUGCGGCUUGUGCGAUAAGAUGUUUGUCCACAAGAGCGACAUUAUCCGCCAUAAAGUGAUGCACUCGUUCAUGUUCACAUGCGAUGUCUGCAACAGGAACUUCCACAAAAGGUCCUUGUACAUCAUGCACAAGCGCAAGCACACGGAAGGCAAGCCCUUCCAGUGCGAAGUGUGCAACAAAAGCUUCUCGAGCAGCAGCAACUUCAACGCCCACAAGAGAAUACACAGCGGCGACAAACCCUACAAGUGCGAUCGUUGUGACUAUAAAUGCUCCCAAAGCGGCCGACUUAUGAAGCAUAAACGAAUGCACUCCGGAGUGAAGCCUUACCUUUGUCAGACCUGCGGGAAAUUUUUCGCAAACGCAGAAUCUCUUAAAGUCCACCAGCGGCUGCACUCAGGGGACCGUCCUUUCAAAUGCCACAUUUGUGGCAAAGGCUUCAUAAAUAAUGGAAGUUUGAACCAACACAUUAAAGAUCAUGUCAAGCAGGAAACUUUCAAGUGUGACGUUUGUCCUCAUAAAUUUCGCCGAGAAAGCCAUUUAAUCCGACAUAAGCAGUACCACAUUCAAGUUGAGGCUUCAAAUUCCGACCAUCCUGGUCACAUGUGCGAAAUUUGCGGACGUGUUUUCGACAAGAAAAAGUACCUGUACACUCACGGCAACGUACAUAGCCGGCAGAAAAACUACUCUUGUAAGAUGUGCAACAAGCAGCUGGCGUCACGUCUGGCCCUGAAGAACCAUGAACACAUCCACAGCGGCCUGAAGCCUUACCAAUGCUCCGAGUGCGCUAAGGUCUUCCGAAGCAGCAGUAAUCUUAAUCGUCAUCACAAGAUGCAUGACGGUCGCGAGUCUCUUCGUUGCGACGAGUGCCAAGAAUCUUUUGUUUGCAAGGAAGAUUUAACGGAGCACAGCCACGUGCACGUCAUGAUGGUUGAUGAUGUCGACGACACCGCGGACUCGGGAGCCUCCAACGACAAUCCGCCUCAUCUUUACGUUUUCGAGUCCAUGUCUGAAGACUUGGAUUCCUCGAGACAGAUCCUGGUGGGCAGGGGGCAGCAGCAGAUAUUCGUGGAAGGCAACCAGUCCCUUCUAGUCUUCCCCGAGGGCCCAGAAGCUCAGUUUUCCGAGUUGCCUCAAGUUCAAAAAACCGAACCUAAUGUAAACACAAUGAACAAACGCCCACAAAAUUCCUAUUUAGCGUCGAAUUCUUCUCAAAUUUCAUCGCGUCAGCUUGAUUCUCACACGGUCCACUCCAUCCAAAUGGAGGAUCAGCAACUUACUGCCGCGGAUCAGCCAAGAUCUCAAAUGUCUUCUCUAAACCAGCCCCAGAUUUCCGUGUCCCACAUCUCGGCCCCACACUCCUCAAUACAACAAAUAUCGGGCCCCCGCAUUAUUGGUCCUACGCUAACUGUGUCAUCUGACCCACUAGUGCACUCUAAUCAACUGUCAAACACACACUUGCUACAUUCCAACCAACUGACCAGCAUUGAAUUCGAAUCCGAAGACAUGGAGGCCGACAGCAGCACAGUGGUUCAUGAGAUGGACCAUCCGUCGGACGGGGCCUUUCAGCCCAUGGAAAUUGUCGAGCCAGAUAUUGUCGUGGAUAGUCUUAACUCUAACGACCCUCAGACUCAACAAAAAAUGAUGAGCUUCAUGACGUCACAAGUUCAUUCAAUGACGAACCCUAACGCGAGAAUGGACCAAGAGGGCGGCAUGCUUCAGGAUUCUCUUACCGUGGAUACGUUGGCAGAGGAGGCCAAUGCGGCUUCUCCUGCCGUUGUUAAGAAUUACAACUGUCAGGUAUGUGAUAAAACUUUUGCUAAGAAGCAAUAUCUUACGAAGCACAUGUACCGGCACCGAGAUGUGAAACCGCACGAGUGCGAUGUCUGUGGUAAAAGGUUUGCUCAGAAGUUUGAAGUUGUUGUGCACAAGAUCAAGCACACCGGGGAGAAACCCUUCUCAUGCGACAUCUGCGCUAAGCAAUUCCGCAGUAAAGUUAACCUCAACAACCAUAAGAUGCGCCACAGCGGCGAGUUUCCUUUCUUAUGUUCAGUUUGUCGUCGGGGCUUUUCAACUCAGCUGCAGCUGGAGCGCCACGUCACUCUGCACACUGGCAUGCUUCCCUUCAACUGCGACCACUGCAACAAGGGAUACAACAUUAAAAUGAACCUACGGAAGCACAUAUUAAAAGUACAUCGGCACAGCAGUCGCGUUAGAGAUCGCGACCGCGACUAUUCCAUGGAUGCUGAUCAUUUAGUUGAAGAGCUUGAGGACGUCGAAGACUCGACCAACCAGCAACUUGGUCACGAUCUCAAGGUGACCAUCGUGGAAGGCGAUCGCGAUUACAAGGGCCAAAUUAGCAUCAAAAGUGACCAAGAUCUCAUGGAGGAAUUUGAUUCCUCGACGGACAUCACACUUUUCCCCAAGCCUGGUGACCACGAGAUGUCGUUCGCUAAUGACAUGACGCUCGCCAUCAAAGCUCCCGGCGGCGACGACCGUACCAUCUUGUACCAAGAAGCUGCGGAGGGUUCAAGACCAAGACCCAAGCAUGACAACCAGCGGGGACUUCCCAGCACCAUUUUUACGACAACUACUCGCCCAUCAUCGCAAAUUUUGCAUAUUAAAACGGACGACUUGUCGGUGCAGCCAGUGUACCAUUUGCAGCCAAUCGAAUCAUCUUCGAAUGAUGAGAUGUUCGCAUCUUACGUGCCGACGCUCGCUGAUAGCGACGGUGGCGGCAGCUCAGUUCCCAUCAUCGUGCUACAGUCUUCCAAUAAAACCGCCCCUGGCCACGUGUUGGAAACGGAACAACCUGAACAAAAACAAGUUCCACUACAGCGCUUCUGCCAAGUGUCCGAGUACAUUCAAGCGAUCCAGAGCGGUACGCACACUGACCAUUUCAUUUCCCCCGACUCUGAGCAAAAGAUUAUCCAAGUUUUACCGCCGCAGUCCAAGCUUCAAUCUAAUGACAGGUUCACGUUACAACCAAACAAAAGCAACCGCAUCUUGUCUCUCGGCGGAGAAGCCAGGCUCGCAACCAUCGAUGCAGAAGGCAAUUUAAUUCCUUUAUUCCCUGCGUCGAACAUGAAGUCCACCGCAGCUCCGGGCCAGCGACUCUACUCUUUAGCGGACGCCGGGACGAAGUUUGUGACGAUGGCAGGGACGAGGCAGGAGCUCGACGACGACUUCCCCUCACGUCACUACCAACACAGUCACGAAGAGGGGGGCAUUCAUGUGGCAACGGACGGUGAGGCUUUGAUGAACGUUGAUAACGUUUGUGAGGAGAACUACGAGUAAAGGAAUAAAGUGGAGGAUACUGCGAGUAGUUGAAUAAAGUGAAGGAAACUGCGAGUAGUUGAAUAAUGUGAAGGAAACUGCGAGUGGUUAAAUAAUGUGAAGAAAACUACGAGUAGUUCAUUAAAUAAAGGAAUCAAGCAACGCCUCUAAGCACCAAGUGGCGUCAGUGCCAUACUCUCACUACACGACAGUUGCACGACAGACUACGUGUGCCACUACACGACAGUGGCUCGACUGUUGUUGUUGUAAUUGCCCAUCCUGGUAGUGGCGAGUAGGGUGAUAG